AUGGCCACACCUGAAGAAGCUGACGUGGCAAUGGCGAACUCUGUGACGGCCACGGCCGACAUUAGCGAUCGUACCGAGAUAGAAGUUGCACAUGUCGCAGGCGACAAGCAAGUCGCAGAAGUCGCACAUGCCGUAGGCGACUCCGUCGAUGGCGUCGUGCAUCCAGCCGAGUUCGAUAAGGAGCAAUUCAUUACUGUCAUCCCGCUACAGGCCCUCGCCGUGCCUGCUCGGCUGGCGCAACAGACCUCCCGCAUCGUUCACGGUCACACCUUCGACCGCCCUCGCUUACGUCACAUCCUGCCGCACCCCAGCGACGCCUCGCUGCGCCUCGUGCUGCUGGAUGACGUCAUCAAGGACGCCUCAACGGAUCUGCCAGUGGCUGUGCGGCAGCAGCUGCAGCAGGAGGGGCUGUGGAACGUCACCACGUACGAGCAGCGCCUUGACUACUCCUACUGGCCCGCAGACCACAUACUGAGGAAGCUGCUGCCGCCAGGGGUGGAAGUGCCCACGGCGUUCGAGACUGUUGGCCACAUAGCGCAUGUGAACCUGCGCGAUGACCUGCUGCCCUACCGCUUCGUCAUUGGGAAAGUCCUGCUGGAGAAAAACGCCCCCCUGAUCCGAGCAGUGGUGAACAAGAGCGGCAUCAUUGAGAACGAGUUUCGAGUACCCACGCUCGACCUCAUCGCAGGGGAAGGCUCCUCCUCGCACCUUCCAACGUCCGUGCGGCAGCACGGCGCCACCUUCCACCUGGACUACGCGCGCGUGUACUGGAACUCGCGCCUCGAGCACGAGCACAAGCGCCUCGUGGACGCGUUCUUCAAACGAGGGGAGGUGGUGGUGGACAUGUUUGCUGGCGUGGGGCCGUUUGCGGUGCCGGCUGCCAAGGCGGGGUGUGCUGUGCUUGCGAAUGAUCUGAAUCCGGCCAGUGUGGAGUAUUUGAGAAGGAAUGUAAGAGUGAAUGGGGUGGAGGGGCGGGUGCGGGCUUAUAACGAGGAUGCGUGGGUGUUUGUGAGGGGGGUUUUGAAGCCGCCCGAAGGGGGUGAUGCUGAGAUGGUGUCGAGAGGGGAGGAAGGGGGUUUGGAGGAAGGGAAGGAGGGGAAGAAGGGAGGGGGUGGGGAGGCAGGAGGGACGGAGCAGUUGCAGCAGGAGGAGGGCGGGAACAAGGCGAGAGAGAAGCAGAGAGCAGCAGCGAGGGGGGUAAAGAGAGAAAGAGGCGAUGGGAGACAGGAGGGAAAUCCGCAGGAAGGGGAGGGGAUGGAAGUGGAAGGUUCAGAGGAGCAGAGGGAGGCAGUGGGGAGUGCAAGUGGGGGACAAGAGGAGGCAGAGGCUGGGAGGGGAGGCGCUGAAGGGGUGAAGGGGAGCGCACAAGGGCAGGUGGCGAGAGAAACGGGAGAGAAGGAUUGCGAGGAGAGGGAGGUUGCUGGAGCUGAUGGGGGUUGCGAGACAGCUGGCAGCAGAGACGGGAGCGAGGAGGGAGUGGGCCGAGGGGGGGGCGAGGGAAUGCAGAAAGUAAACACGAAGGAGGAGAAAGCGGAGGAGGUUAAAGAGGGAGGGAAGCAGGAGGGGUUGGGUGAGGGUAAGGAGGAGCAGAAUGGGGGAAGAUCAGGGAGGAAAGGCAAAGGGAAGAGGAAGGGACGGACGGGAGGGAAGUGCGAGAGAAAGGAUGGGGGGGGCAUUGAUGUGGCGUCGGUGGCGCCGUGGCGGCAUGUGGACCACGUGGUCAUGAACCUGCCCGCCUCCGCCAUCACAUUCCUCGGUGCGCUCCUUAAUUCCUUCCCUGCCGUGAUGUCAUACUCCUUCCGUGGCGCCUUCUCGCGCGCGCACUGGGAGGGCGCCCUGCCGCUCAUCCACACCUACUGCUUCCACCGCUCCGGCCACUCUGCUGAGGCCGUCACGCAGGUGGGGGGCCGAGGGGGAGAGGGGUAG